AUGCACUCGAGAAGACAUUACGGACAACAUCGACGAACGGUUACUGAACGGGAACAUCCACGAAGAUUAGAAGAGUAUGAAGAGCAGCCUCGGACUUAUAGAGACGCUGUACAAGCACAGCAGGAUGAAUAUUACAACAACUGCUUUGAUCACAUGAAGGAGUACGCAGCUCAAGUCUACAGGAAAAAAUAUGAGGAAUUGGAAAAAAAGCAGGCCGAGGAGAGGGAACGCUUUUUGAAAACGAUGAAAGAAGCCGGAGUGCCUACGGCGGAACUUCCGACACCUCAUGGUGGUGAAGAGCACGAAGAAAAGCCAGAUAGCCCUUUCGGAGAUCUCAGGCCUGUUCCACAGGGCCCUCAUUCACCAUUACGUACGGAUCCUCGCCCAGAAAAUGUUGAUGCUCAUCGUAAAGCUGUAGCGUUGGGGCUGUGUAGCCGGUUUCUUCCAACUGUUAGAAAACACUGUUAUGAACGUAAUACAGCUAAAGAGUAUGUGAAGCGAUGCGCAGCAUACUUCCACGUGUCGGUGCCAGUCAAGCAGGGUGAGCUCGGCAAACCAAUUGGUGUGGAUGUCAGCGGAGGUGUUGGUCCUUAUUACCAGCAAAAUCAGCAUGUAGGCGUCGACUAUAUAAAUGGGAAGGUUGGCACAAACUUGGGUAUCGGUGAACCGUUUGCUGGAGUUGGAGUAAACACUGGGCUUGGAAUUCCCUUAAUUAAUUUCCUCUUCCUGCAGUAG